UUUCGAGGUCACAUGACCCAGGCUUACUUUUCACUCUCUCCUUCUUCGCCCAUGCGGGCGGUUGUGAGUCCAACUUGAGUCCCGAUACGGCAUCAGUUAUCCUUUUUAUUUAGGCCCAAACACAAAUUACAGCUGUAUACGGAUUUCGGAAGACUACAUGACGACAACGCUGACACUAUCAGCGCAGACCUUCGACCCGGGGGCCUUCAUGGAACAGUUCACCAACCAGAUGAUGCAACUGAUGGAGAAGCGCUUUGCGCAGGAGAAGGCCACCUCGACAACAUCAUCGAGAUCACCCCUGCAUGAAGGACCAGUCGGCACCUCGAUGCACUCCACUGAGGGACCCCGACAGGACAGAGGACACCUGCAUGAAGGACCCAGACGAUCCUCUACGAUGUCUACAUCAACGCAGAAGGAGGAUGCACGUGCACGCAGGCAUCGACGCAGCUCAUCCACCUCAUCGGUGCAGUCAGACCCGGAUCGUCAGGACCAUGCACGCAGGCAUUCACCUCUACGAGGACGCACAUCCCGAGACUCUGAUUCAAGCCUCUCACCUGCGCGCAGGUCCUUGACAAGUCUCCACGCAGAUCUCCACGCAGGUCUCAGUGCAGGUCUCCACGAAGGUCACCACACAGGUCUUCAUACAGAUCCCCACACAGGUCUGCACACAGGUCCUUAAGUAGAUCUCCACACAUAUCCUACAGUAGAUCACCGGACAUCUCGCCGACCAGGUCUUCACGCAAAUUGUCACAGAUAGACCGAGAGGAACCAAUGAUAGAGGACGACGGCGGGAUUAUUUUCUCGGACACAGAGAUCACUUCUUGGAUAAUGAACGGCCUCGACUUAGUCUCACCAUCCAAGGACGUCGGCGAGGAGCUCACCUACAAGAUGAAUAAGGAUGACAUCGACUCACUGACGUUUCCGUCGAUCAACCCUAUCCUGGAGGUACCUGGGAACUUGUCUGCAGCCUUCGAGACAGCCACGAAAUUCCAGACACAGUCCGUGCCAUCCUUCAGCGCCAAAAGGUUCCCGCAACAUCACAUGGACCCGUUUGUCAAGGCACCCGAUGUCGACGAUAACUACAAGUUAAUAAACGACACCCAGUCUAGGACCUACAAGGCAGCUGGAAACCACAACCAGACACACCUUCUUUGGCCUUGCACGCUCCCGAGCGAUCAACGAAGCCCUCAUAGCCAAGUUCCACAAAUCUACCUCAGAGGACGACAGGAUGAUAUAUUCAGCUCUACUGACUCAGAAAAAAGACCACCAGUUUAUGUCGGAACACCUGGCAUCCACGUCAGCUGGGA